CAUCAGAAUUCUUAUAUUUGGCAAACUGCAGAAGAAAGGGAUUGUUUUACGAAGGUAAAGCUGUUGCCAAACUGCGCACUUUUUUUCAGCAUUGAUUUUUUGCCCCUGAGGACUCAGCUCCCCUUACCUGAGUUGCUUUCAGGCUGUCAGGAACUGAACCAGCAACGUGGAAUUCUGUUCUUGCUGUACCUUCUGCCGUGUUCUCCUUUACAUUUCAGUUUAUAUAAAGUUCUGAGCCGUUGUGGAGAAAAGCAUUUGCUGACUUUGAAAGCAAAACACGAUGCUUCUGCUCCUGAUCCUUGCGUUUGGAAGCAGAUAGGCCACGUUCCUGCAGCAGCAAGCAGCAGUGCAAUGUUAAAUUCUUCUCAGCAAGAGAAGCACUGGAAGAGCGUCGUCAGCCGUUCUGUCUGCGAUUACUUCUUCGAGGCGCAGGAGAGGGCUUCAGAAGCGGAGAACGUACCGCCGGUCAUCUCCACCCCGCAUCACUACCUGCUCAGCGUGUACCGCCACAAGAUCUUCUUUGUGGCCGUUAUCCAGACGGAGGUGCCUCCUCUGUUCGUCAUUGAGUUUCUGCACCGUGUCGUCGACACCUUCCAGGAUUACUUUGGUGUCUGUUCAGAGGUGAUGAUCAAGGACAACGUUGUGGUGGUUUACGAAGUGCUGGAAGAGAUGCUAGACAAUGGCUUUCCAUUGGCAACAGAAUCUAAUAUUCUCAAAGAACUGAUAAAGCCUCCAACUAUCCUGCGAACAGUAGUCAACACCAUCACAGGAAGCACUAAUGUGGGUGACCAGCUUCCUACUGGACAGCUAUCAGUGGUGCCUUGGAGACGUACUGGUGUGAAAUACACCAACAAUGAGGCAUAUUUUGAUGUGAUUGAGGAGAUAGAUGCAAUAAUUGACAAAUCAGGUUCUACAAUUACUGCUGAAAUCCAAGGAGUAAUUGAUGCUUGUGUCAAGCUGACUGGGAUGCCAGAUCUUACCCUUUCCUUUAUGAACCCUCGGUUAUUGGAUGAUGUCAGUUUUCAUCCAUGUGUGCGUUUUAAGCGCUGGGAGUCAGAGAGGAUUCUCUCCUUCAUUCCACCUGACGGGAAUUUUCGCUUGCUGUCUUACCACGUCAGUGCUCAGAAUCUUGUGGCAAUUCCUGUGUAUGUUAAACACAACAUCAAUUUCCGUGAUAGCAGCUCACUGGGACGCUUUGAAAUCACAGUGGGACCAAAGCAAACUAUGGGGAAGACUAUAGAGGGAGUGAUGGUUACCAGCCAGAUGCCAAAAGGGGUCUUGAAUAUGAGCCUCACACCCUCUCAGGGCACACACAUCUUUGAUCCAGUUACAAAGUUGCUCACGUGGGAUGUGGGGAAGAUAAACCCCCAGAAACUGCCAAGCCUGAAGGGUAGCAUGAAUCUGCAAGCUGGGACAUCGAAACCAGAUGAAAACCCCACUAUUAACCUGCAGUUUAAAAUUCAGCAGCUGGCUAUAUCUGGACUGAAAGUGAAUCGCUUGGAUAUGUAUGGGGAGAAGUACAAGCCCUUCAAGGGGAUCAAAUACAUGACCAAAGCUGGCAAGUUCCAAGUCCGAACCUAGAGGAUCCUGAGAGUGAGGAAAAACACCUUCUUGUUUCUCCUGUCCCUAGCUGCUGGAUAACAGCUUCUCCCUGGUCUGUCUAUUUAGGGUUACUCCCUUUCCUUUGGUAGCAUGAGCAGGAUAGCCAGUGCUUAUGUGCCAGGGAGGAGGGAAAAAUAGGGUUGACCUGAAACUAUCUCAUCUUUAGCUGAGCCUGAAGUAUUUGCAGCUCUGGCAGAUGGGAGAGGAUUUCAGAUCCCUUGGGACCAGCAAGUCAGAUAUCUGAGUUUGUAUCACCUUCAUCAUUCUGUCUUAAAGGAAAUUCUAGGGAUUGUUUUUCCAACUGCUGUUUCUUAUAUUUUGGCUGUGUUUUAUCCCUUUGUACGUGAUGUGAAGUUCCAUUUCCACGGAGUUCAACUGCAGAGUGAUGGUCUGGCAUUGGCCCUUCUCCAUCAUUGGAUGUGAGGUUGGAGAGCUGUAGCUUUUGGCAGCAGUGAAAUUGGCUGGCCUUUGUCCUUUGAAGGGGCUGAAAGAAGUGGAGAAGUAAAUUGUCUCAACCAGGAUGGGAUUUUAAGAAGCACGAGUUUGGGGGAGGUAAUGCAGAGGGAGGAAGUGGAAGAAUUGAACUCUUUUCCUUAAUAUUUCUUAGUCUGUCUUGGUCAUUAAGUAUCUUAAAGAUUUUGGGAUAGGCUGGAACUCCCUCAGAUCUUAAUAUGAAAUCCUGUGGAGAGCUGACUGCAGCACUUAGCUUGUAACCAAUGGGCGGUGAUAUCUGAAUGUAGUUUGUUUCUAUUCUUAUGUCCUCAGUAUUUAGAGGUAAUUUUUUCCAAGUUUCUUUGGGGCAGAGGCAGGGGAAGAAUUUUUGUGGAGAUGUAGCACUCUGAUGGAAGCCCUUCUAAAUUGAAACUGCAGCAAAGUGAUGAUGGUCACUAUUCUGUAGCAUGUUGGAAUCUCUUUUUCUUUCUGCCUCCCUAUUACAAAUGAAGGUGAUACUGCUGUUUCCCUGCUCACUGGUGUCAUUAUCUCAAAUAAUUAUGUCCUGGUACCAUUGUAAUAUUCCUGACUGUACUUCAUUCCAGUUCCAGUCUCAAUUAGCUGCUGUGAUAAUUGGUGGGUUCAAGCCUGAUUUCUCACUGAGACUAUCUCUUCUGCAAGAGUUGUUGCUACAUAGGCCCAUCCCAGUCUGUGCUGCAUCUCUCUGUAAAGCUUGAAUACGAAAUGAGAGACAUAUUAACAGUUUUGUAUUGUUUGCAGUGUGCUCUUUGGCCACUAGAUGCCAAUGUGUUAAUUUCCUGAUGACAGGACUGGUUCGUAAACUGCUGUACAUGUGAUUACAGCAUUUAUCAGGUGGCUGUGCAAUCCAGCAUGUGUAGUCCAUGCUUGUGAACAGAACAGCAUGACCCCAAAUAAAGAAUAAUGUGCUCUCUGUUUUUCCUGUGAUGGAAACUAGCAGUGGAUGAGUGGCAUUUUGCUUUUGGAAUUGCAUUUUCCAAGUGCAACUGAUGAAUGCCACAGCAGGUGACCUCAGAUUGGGAGCAUGUUCAUUGCAAACAUAAACUUCAACAAAAGCAUAAAUAAAAUUAAUUUCUACUUCUCA